AGAAUAAAAUUAAAGUAAUUAGUCGGCGCGGGAACCGGAGAGCCAUUCUCCACAAGAAAACCGCGCCGCCACUGCAAUCGCUUCCAAAGCUCCCCAUCGCUCUCUUUCUCUCCAAUGGAUUCCUUACUAGCCAACUACGCCGCGUCCGACGACGAAGAAGAGCAGCAGCAGCAACCGCCACCGCAGCCACCGUCAUCUCGGAGAUCCGACCACUCCGAAUCCUCCUCUUCCAGAAGUUCUUCUCUCUUUGCGUCUCUUCCCCCGCCCAAGCCAUCCUCUCUCCUCCAGUCCCUUCCUCAGCCCAAACCAUCCUCAAGCCCUUCUCUGCCCACUGGUUUCUCUGGCAAUGGUAAGAACGAAGGCAUAGAGGAAGAAGAUCCGCACUCGGCGUCUAAAUUUGGUGCCAGUUCGAUUAAAUCUUCCUCUCUCUUCUCUUCCCUCCCUCGGCCAAAGGUGAACCCUACGAACUCUUCGUCUUCGCUUUCCGGUUCUCGAAUUGACGACGACAGUGACGGGAAUCUCGCGAAAUCAGCAUCUAUGUUCUCCUCCCUUCCAAAACCUAAUUCGCAGAAGUUGCAGCAACCUAAAUCAAAUCCCCCGUCUUCAGAGUCCCAGCCGAAAAGAGUCGUCCUAUUUAAGCCUCCCGUUAAUUCUUCUUUGCUGAAAUUGGGUGAAGACGACGAUGACGAUGACGAUGAAGAAGAAGAAAGAAGGCUCAGGAAGGCAUCCCAGUCCUCGUUCCAAACCCCUUCGGUUUCGUCGUUCUUGUCGAGCAUUCCAGCACCCAAGAAUUCGACAACGUUGGGUAUUAUUUCGAGCUCAGGCUCAGGGCGAAGGUCGAUUCUCGAGACGGAUGUUCCGGUCUCGGCUUCUGAUGAUUCUAAAACAGUGAAGGAUUCAGGUAGCACUCAAAAUAUUAAUCACCAUACCGAAAAUUAUGACAGUUACGUAAAUUACAGUUCAGGCGUUGAGCAGAAUGUCGCUAAUCAUGGGGAUGGGGAUGGGGAAAACUAUGAUAAUGCUGCAAUUUACAAUUAUGGUUCAGAACAGACUACAUGGAAUCAUGCGAACUACGAUAGUUCUGGAAAUCACCACUAUAGUGUUGAUCAGAAUGUGGUUGGUGAAGCACGGUCUGUCUCAGGUGCAAGUAACACGGGUGACUAUGCAAUUUAUGAGAAUUAUGGUAACCAUGGCGAUCACAUACAAUAUGGGAGUGACCCUGCCGGUCAGCCUGCAAUGGUGGAAACUGAAAAUGCUGUUAGAAUACCUGAAAAGAGAAGAAGAAAUGACGUUCCAUCGGAAAUAGUUGAGGUGAAGCAGGAUGAAUUGAUGAAGAAUCGGCCGAGGCAGGACCAGGUCAAGGUGACUGGAAUUGCUUUUGGUCCUUCUUAUCAGCCUGCCUCCACGAAAGGGAAGCCUUCAAAGUUGCACAAGAGAAAGCACCAAAUUACUUCAUUGUAUUAUGAUAUGAAGCAGAAAGAGAUGGAAUUAGCAGAGAGGCGUGCAAGGGGUCUUCUAACAAAAGCUGAAACACAAGCCAAAUAUGGCUGGUGAUUCCUAAAGAUAUUCUGCUACGGUGGUAUGUUAUCUGUGAGCUCCACGGAGGUAGAGCAUACUAAAAGCCAUAAACUUGCAUGGUUUAUAUGCAUAUAUGUACACUUUAUUGGUCAUAAUGUAAUUUCACAAUUUGAAUGGUUCAUUACAA